AUGCCGGGCAGCAGCAGGCACCGGCUCGUCCCCAGCCCCAUCCCCAGGGAGGCACGGUGGUCCCUGCAGCCCCUCGGGGUCCCUGCACCUCCCAAAGUCCUCCUGCUCCUCUGGGGUCCCUUUGCCCUCCCCUUUGGGGUCCCUGCCCCCCCUCUGGUGUCCAAGGUCCCCUCUACGGAGCCCCCCAUCGGCUACGGCCACCGCGUCAUCACCGACAAGUGUCCCGAGGGCAUCGUGCUGCUGCUGCUCCAGGCCAUCCUGGGCUCCAUGGUCAACGCCUUCAUGGUGGGCUGCAUGUUCGUCAAGAUCUCCCAGCCCAACAAACGAGCUGAGACCUUGGUCUUCUCCUCCCACGCCGUGGUCUCCCUGCGGGACGACCGCCUCUGCCUGAUGUUUCGCGUGGGCGACCUGCGGGACUCGCACAUCGUGGAGGCCUCCAUCCGCGCCAAGCUCAUCAAGUCCAAGCAGACGCAGGAGGGCGAGUUCAUCCCCCUGGACCAGACCGACCUGAGCGUGGGCUUCGAGACGGGCGACGACCGCCUCUUCCUCGUCUCGCCCCUCAUCAUCAGCCACGAGAUCGACGAGCGCAGCCCCUUCUGGGACGUCUCGCGGCACCAGCUGGAGAAGGACGAUUUUGAGAUCGUUGUCAUCCUCGAGGGAAUGGUGGAGGCCACAG